AUGAAUCUCAUCAGCAUCCUGAGCAAAAUCACCCUGGCCUCUCUGGUCGGCGUGACCCUCGCCUCCCCCGCCGCGACAGUGCCAACACCAGACUCCCCAAUAUCCACCCCACCUGCAGAGGAAAAAGCAAUCCCGAAAGUUCCGGACAACAUCGUCCCGACCGACGACGGCACAUGCGGCCUCUUCAAGAACGGCACGACGUGCAAAGACACUGAUCACGGCCCCUGCUGCUCACAUGGCGGAUUUUGUGGAAAUGGGCCUAGUUUCUGCCUCGAGGGAUGUCAGCCCCAGUUCGGCAGCUGUGGCAAGGCCGCCAUGGGAAGCGCUGCACCAGCUGCGCAGCUUGCUGUCCUCCCUGUCUAG